ACACAACACAACACAAGUACACAACCAGCUUCAUUGGCAGCCCCACCCCUAGCCGCCUUCCGUGACACUCCACCCAAAUUAUGGAUAUUCAGGACUUGUUUAUGAAGUCAACGUUAGAUUCUAUUUUCAAAGUUGCAUUUGGAGUUGAUCUAGACAGUAUGUGUGGCUCAAAUGAAGAAGGGAAGAAAUUUGGCCAGGCUUUUGAUGAUGCUAGUGCUUCAACCAUGUUACGAUAUGUAGACAUCUUUUGGCCUAUCAAGAAAUUUCUCAACAUUGGCGCAGAGGCUAAACUUAAGAGAAGUGUCAAAACUGUUGAUGAUUUUGUUUACAAAUUAAUCAGUAACAAAGUGGAACUAAUGAAAAGUUCACAAAGCAAUGUCUCAGAAAUGCAGAUGAAAAAGGAUGAUAUCUUGUCAAGGUUCCUGGAGCAGAGCGACACUGAUUUGAAGUAUCUGAGAGAUAUAAUCUUGAGCUUUGUAAUUGCGGGUAAAGACACAACAGCAGUUACACUUUCAUGGUUUGUUUACAUGCUUUGUAAACACCAGAAUAUACAGGAAAAGGUUGCUGAAGAAGUAAGGAAAAUUACGAAAAUGGAAGGAGUUGGAAAAUUUUCAGAACUUGCUGCUAGUUUGACAGAAGAAUCACUUGAAAGAAUGCAGUAUUUACAUGCUGCAUUGACAGAAACUCUCAGACUCUAUCCAGCAGUUCCAAUGGUAAUUCUAGCUAGUCGCAGUCAGAAAAUUUCAUUGCUCUCAUAAUCUCAUUGUUUGUUCUCUUCCUUUUUAUUUUUCUCUUUUGUGUUACACGUUACUUGCUGAAGUUUAUGUCAAUUUCAGAGGCACAUUCCAACUUAUCAUAUAUCAACCAAGCUAAUUUCUACCUUUCUCUCAA